GUGGUGAACAAGCCCGACAGCCAUGGAGGCAGCCUGGACUGGACCAAAAUCUGCGAGAAGUCCUCCAAAGUCAUCACUUUCAUAGACUUGGCCGGCCAUGAGAAAUACCUCAAAACCACCGUGUUUGGGAUGACAGGACACCUUCCAGACUUCUGCAUGCUUAUGGUUGGCAGUAAUGCAGGUAUUGUAGGGAUGACCAAAGAACACCUGGGCCUGGCUUUGGCUCUGAACGUGCCAGUCUUCGUAGUGGUGACCAAAAUAGACAUGUGUCCAGCCAACAUCUUGCAAGAGACCUUGAAGCUACUCCAAAGGCUCCUGAAGUCUCCCGGCUGCAGGAAGAUCCCCGUCCUGGUGCAGAACAAAGACGACGUGAUAGUGGCAGCCUCAAACUUCAGCUCAGAGAGGAUGUGCCCCAUCUUUCAGAUUUCCAAUGUGACCGGGGAGAACAUGGACCUGCUAAAGAUGUUCCUCAACCUGCUCUCCUCCAGAACAUCGUACAGAGAUGAUCAGCCUGCUGAGUUUCAGAUAGAUGAUACCUAUUCUGUACCGGGAGUGGGAACUGUAGUAUCGGGAACCACCCUACGUGGGCUCAUACGUCUGAAUGAUACCAUGCUACUGGGUCCGGAUCCUCUUGGAAGCUUCAUCCCCAUCGCUGUGAAGUCAAUCCACCGCAAACGAAUGCCGGUUAAGGAGGUUCGAGGCGGCCAGACGGCCUCGUUUGCUUUAAAAAAGAUCAAGCGUUCGUCUAUUAGAAAGGGGAUGGUGAUGGUGUCGCCAAAGUUAAACCCACAGGCAACUUGGGAGUUCGAGGCUGAAAUUCUGGUUCUGCAUCAUCCCACUACGAUAUCGCCCAGAUACCAGGCAAUGGUCCACUGUGGUAGUAUACGACAGACGGCCACCAUCUUGUCCAUGAAUAGAGACUGCUUAAGGACAGGAGACAAGGCUUCAGUCCACUUCCGCUUCAUCAAAACCCCGGAGUAUCUUCACUGUGACCAGAGGCUGGUGUUCAGAGAGGGUCGCACCAAGGCCGUGGGAACCAUCACUAAGCUGUUGCACUCCACCAAUAACAUGCCAACAAACUCCAAACCGCCACAAAUCAAAAUGCAGUCCACAAAAAAGGCGCCUCUCAGAAAAGAGGACGGCACCAUGGCAACCGGCGAGGAUGCGGCAACGAUAGCGCAGCCGACCGCUCAGAGCGCGUCACAGCCGGGGGAGGGAGAUGAUGACCCUCAAAUAAAAGAGGGCAACAAAGAGAACAAGCCAAAGUCUGGAGGAGGUGGGAGGAGAAGGGGUGGCCAGAGACACAAAGGAAAGGUCCAAAAUAGCAGCAGCACCAACUUAAUGACGUCACCCUCCGCGACAGCAACAGGAAACAGCUGAACUGUCAUUCUUCCAUCAUUUCACCAAGUGUCAUUCCACAAACCAAGAUAGAUAUGUUUGGAGCAAGAUAGUCUUAAACCUUGCCUCUCCAUACCGGUUCAUCUUUUUUUUUUUUAUUUCCCCUUGUCCUGAAGUAAGACUGCCUCAGUUCUGCGUCAUUUACGCAUUUUAAUGUCAGCUGCCUUCCCCGGUUGGCAAAGUUUGUUCUUAGGAAGCAGUGAGGUGUUACAGGUCAGUCUGCCUGGAUGACGAGGUGUUCAAGUUUCUAUAUGUCGUUGGAUCCGGUCCUUUAGCUGGCGACAGCAAAAGGCGGGGGCCGGUUCUAGUGAGUGCAGCUAUAAUUUAAACCGCCUCCUGCAUUCCCUGUGCGUUUACGACAAAAUAAGUUCUGUUUAUACUUCAAAUGUAAAUUUGUUGUAAAAAUUGGAAAUUUGAGUUUGUACAAACUGUAUGCAAAUUACAAAUGAAUGUAGCAAGAGGGUAAACUAUGAUCCAAAACUUAAGCUAUGUUAAAUAAGCUGUGGCAUCAUUUUAACCUGGUUAUCCAUUUGGCACACACAAGCAGGUUUGCUGUUAGAUGGUUGGACAAUAUUUAACCUCACUUACACUCUUAGAUUCAGUCGUAUCCGUCCUGCUUUUACCUGCUUGGUAACCUUAUAUUUAUAGCGUUAAUACAAAGAGGCACAUUCGUCAAAGCAGUUGCUAAUGAUUAUAAUGCUUUACCUGUGAAUCUAGUUCCGUGUGUUAUUGCCUGUUGCUGUUUGUGAUGAUUUUAAACAUUUUUCUGGAAAAAGAAUAAAAAUUAAAAAAACUUCA